CCAGGCAGCACCAGGGGCUCGCCAGUCUCUCCUGCAAAGCUGCGGCUGCGAGGUCACUCCCCGAAAAUCCCGAAAAUCCCGAAAUCCCGGCCGAGCCCGUGCCCUGCCAGCGCAAGAUUCGCUCCGGGAUCCGGGGCGGGCACCCGGCGCUGCGGCUCGGGAGCCUCCCCCCCUCCCAUGCUGCCGGUGCCACGGCACAGCCCGCAGCAGCCUUUGCACAGGAGGAGCGCAGCUCGGUCCCUCCAGCGCCAUGCCUCGGGCCACCACCCUCAUCCUCAUCCUGGCCGGGCUCUGCGUGUCCUCCUUGGGCCAGUACAACGAGGAGGAGGACCUGGCGUGGCUCCAGUACUACCUGCGGCAGUCCCGCGUCUCCUCCUACAACUACGUGCCCUACUACGAGGAGGAGAGCCCCGCGUACGCCUACUCCUACCCCUCCGCCACCGACACCGAGCCGGAGCCCGAGCCCGAGCCGCAGCAGGCGGCGCCCUGGCGGUGUCCCCAAGAGUGUGACUGUCCCCCCAACUUCUCCUCGGCCAUGUACUGCGACACGCGCAACCUGCGCUACCUGCCCUUCGUGCCCUCGCGGAUGAAGUACGUCUAUUUCCAGAACAAUCUCAUCACCUCCAUCCAGGAGGGCGCCUUCGACAACGCCACCGAGCUGGAGUGGCUGGCGCUGCACAACAACCAGAUCGGCAGUGAGAAGGUGGGGAAAAGGGUUUUUGGGAAGCUGCAGCGCCUGGAGAGGCUCUACAUGAACAACAACAACCUGACCAGGCUGCCCAGCCCGCUGCCGCGCUCGCUGCGCGAGCUCCACCUCUCCUACAACCAGAUCUCCAAGGUGCCUUCCAACGCUCUGGAGGGGCUGGAGAACCUCACGGCGCUCUACCUCAGCCACAACUUCAUCUUCGAGAUGGGCGCGUCCCUCAAGGGGCUCAAGUCGUUGAUCCUGGCCGACCUGAGCUACAACAACCUGAGGAAGGUCCCCGACGGGCUGCCGGCCUCCCUGGAGCAGCUCUACCUGGAGUACAACUACAUCAACGCCAUCCCCGACGAGUAUUUCCAGGUGUCCCCCCGGCUGCUCUACGUGAGGAUGUCCCACAACAGCCUGACCAACCAAGGGCUCUCCAGCAACACCUUCAACAGCAGCAGCAUCCUGGAGCUGGACCUCUCCUACAACCGGCUGCAGAAGAUCCCGCGGGUCAACACCAACCUGGAGAACCUCUACCUGCAGGGGAACCAGAUCGACGAGUUCUCCAUCAGCAGCUUCUGCUCCGUGGUGGACGUCAUGAACUACUCGCGGCUGCAGGUGCUGCGCCUGGACGGCAACGCCAUCAAACGCAACGCCGUGCCCCCGGACGCGCCGCUCUGCCUGCGCCGCGCCACCGUCAUCGAGAUCUGAGCCCCCCUCGCCACCACCCCAGGACUCGUGUCCCCUCCCUCCCGGGGGAUUCCCGCCUUCCUGCUUCUCCUCCCGGCUCGGCUUCGCGGCGCGCUCCCGGAAUUGUUCCUUUGGCGCUCGGGUCCCGGCUCUGAGCCCGCCAGGGACCGUGGGCACCUCCCGGCCCAGGAUGGGGUGGGGCACAGCAGGGUGGGGCUCAUCCCGCCUUGGGCAGGGGGAAAUCCCGGUCCUGAUCCCAAAUCCGGGUCCGAACCCCCUGGGAGAGCAUCCUUACAGGGGGAUCUGACCCAGAAGGAGCAUCUUUCCAGGGGGAUCUGACCCUUUUUCCAUGGGGAAA